AUGUGCCUGUCUCGUGUUCUGUGCUCUUGCAAUCAAGAGGUGUUCGUAGCGCUGCUGGUUCUCAUGAUCGUGCGGCCUUUUGAAGUGACUCAGUUCCACUUUUUCCCUUCCACCUCCCCUCCCCCUGUCCUUCAGGUGCUCAAUCCAGAGGUGCGCAAUCUGGAGGUGUUCAUAGCGCUGCUGGUGAUGGUGAUAGCGUGCUGCUUCUUCAUUGAGAUGGGGCAUGCACCAGUGGAUGGCAUGGCUGUGUUAGAGGGCAUGUUUGUCCCGCGCAUACAAGACCUGGGUGCACUCGCCAUCGCCAUCUCGCUCAUCGGCGCUCUGGUCAUGCCGCACAACCUCUUUCUGCACUCCGCACUGGUGCUCAGCCGCAAGCCCCAGCGCACCAGUCAAGGCAUCAAGGACGGGUGCCUGUACUCGUUACUAGAAGUGGCAGCGGCGCUCAUAAUCAGCUUCGCCAUCAGCGUGGCAGUCAUCUGCGACGGGUGUCUCUACUCAUUAUUGGAAGUGGCAGCGGCGCUCAUCAUCAGUUUCGCCAUCAACGUGGCAGUCAUCUGUGUGGGCGGGGCAGUCUGCUCCGCGCCGGACCUCUCCCCGGACGUGCAGGCGAGCUGCAGCGACAUCAGCCUGAGCAACGCCUACUUCCUGCUGCGCGACGUGCUGGGCGCGUGGGCGUCCACGCUCUUUGGCAUUGCUCUGUUAGCCUCAGGGCAGAGUUCCACGAUCACGGGGACGUACGCGGGGCAGUAUGUGAUGUCGGGGUUUCUGGAGCUGCACCUCGCGUCGUGGCUGCGCAACCUGCUCACACGCCUCGUUGCCAUCGUGCCGUCGCUCGCUGUUGCCAUUGUGGCUGGCGCUACGGGCGCCGGCAACCUCAUCAUUGCAUCCUCGAUCAUCCUGUCAUUCGGCCUGCCGUAUGCGCUCAUCCCUCUGCUCAAGUUCACAAGCAGCCCUGUCAAGAUGGGUCCCUUCACCAACCACCCCACGGUCACUGUAGCUGCAUACAUCAUUGGCACUGUAGUUAUCUUUGUUAAUUGCGUGCUCGUGGUGCAAGCCUGUGUCGAGUACCUGGUAUCAGACAACCUGCCCCAAACCGCCCAGAUCCCCCUUGGGAUUGCCAUAGCCCUCGUGCUCGUCAUAUACGUUGUCUCCCUUGCGCUGCUCGCGCGGCGGCCUGUAACGGAAGUUACAUACAUUUCGGCCAAUGAGGGGUCGAGUGCUGAGCUUGAUGCUUAUAUGAGCUCUCCCCCUCAUGACUUUGCGCGGAGUGGGGGGGAUGGUGAUGAGGAUGGGAAGGGAGAGGUGGAGGGUGGUGGAGAGGAGUGUAGAGAGGAGGGGGGAGAUGACACAGGGGAGGGAGGAUCGAUAGAGAUGACGAAUGUGGUGCUGGAUCGGGAAGGUGGUGUUGAGGAAGUGGAUGAGGAAGGAGGGAGGGUUGAAACGAGGGAGGGAUUGAAAGAGGAGUUGCUAGAAGCUGGACACAUGGAUAGCUCCUCGCUAGCCCAAAAAAACGUGACCAGGCUGCCGUACCUGCUGCGCACGCUGUACGGAGACAUGCUGAUGGACGGCGUGCAGCCCAACUUCGUGACGUUUCCAUGCGGCCAUCACGGCAGUGCAUGCGCGCCAACCGCCUGGCACGACCUCGUCUUCUUCUUCAACCAGGAUGCGCAGCCCGCGGCAUCACGCCCGAUCGCUAACAUAUUCAACUGUGUCAUGACGGCGUACAGUCGCAGCGGGCACGUGGAGAGGGUGUUCCGCGUGGACUGGGACAUGCGCGCUGCAGGGCGCCCGCCCAACAUCCGCACCUACCACGCGCUGCUCACCGCCUGCACCACCACCGGCCGCUUCGACAAAAGCGCGCUGUUGGGCCGUACAGCCCGAGCACGUGCGCUGCCACGGGCUCGUUGGUCACGUGCGCUGCACGGGCUCGUUGGUCACGUGCGCUGCCAAUCGGGCUCGUUGGUGUUGGUGCCUGCUGGCACUGGUCUUGAGGGAAACGAGGGCGUCCAGUGGGUGCCGGAGUGCAUUGGCCUGUGCGCGCUGGAGGGUAAUGCUCUGUGCGCGGUGGAGGGUAAUGCAGUCCAGCUACCAGUUCUGCAGGCGAGGUGGCCGUAUUCGUGGAGUGGAGCAUGCUCUGCUGCUCGCCCACCCUCACCUGCUGCCGGCACCGCGGUGUCGUGCCCUUGGCAUGCUGCGGUCGCGAGCGCAUAUUGCAGUCAGGAGCGCAGGCGGGGGGAGUGCAUAGGGGGGGGAGGGUGUGCAUGCAUGAAACAUGGCUUCCUGAUCUGUUGCUAG